UAUUUCAGCUGAUCUCAAUUCUCGAUGUGCGGCAAAGUUUUACUCUUAUGACGAAUUAAGUUUGUCAGUGAUUUGUUUAUUUUAUCGAAAGUGUUAGACAUUCAAUAUGACUAUUGCAUCGAUAAUUAACUCCAAAGCCAACCUUACGAGGUUGUCGAGGCUUCCAUCGUUAGUUUUUGAGUUGAAGGGACAGUACAUGUCCAAUUUCACCAAGUUUGCCGAACACAAACCAAUUGAAAAAAUUAGAAAUAUUGGAAUAUCAGCUCACAUCGAUUCCGGUAAAACAACAUUGACUGAGCGAAUUCUCUUUUACACUGGUCGUAUAGCUCAGAUGCACGAGGUGAGAGGCAAAGAUAAUGUUGGAGCUGUGAUGGACAGUAUGGAACUGGAAAGACAGCGUGGAAUAACAAUUCAAUCUGCAGCUACUUAUACUCUAUGGAAAGACCAUAAUAUCAAUAUUAUUGAUACACCUGGACACGUCGAUUUUACAGUAGAAGUAGAAAGAUCUCUCCGUGUUUUAGAUGGUGCUGUACUUGUGCUAUGUGCAGUUGGUGGAGUGCAAUCACAAACUUUGACAGUUAAUAGACAAAUGAAACGCUAUAGUGUUCCUUGCUUAGGAUUUAUCAACAAACUGGAUAGAAUGGGAUCUAAUCCUAACAGAGUUUUAGAUCAAAUGAGAAAUAAAUUGCAACAUAAUGCUGCUUUUCUUCAACUGCCUAUUGGUUUGGAAAGUGAUAUGAAAGGUGUAAUUGAUUUAAUCCAUAGGAAAGCUUUGUAUUUUGAAGGUGAUUAUGGUGAAAUAAUUAGACCAGACGAAGUACCUCAAGACUUUAAAUCAGAAAUGGAAGCAAAACGACAAGAGUUGAUUGAACAUCUUAGCAAUGCUGAUGAACAACUUGGUGAAAAGUUUUUGAAUGAAGAUACAAUUAGUGAAGAAGAUAUUAAAAAAGCCGUGAGGAGGACAUGUUUAAACAGAACAUUCACCCCUGUCAUGCUUGGUACAGCUCUAAAAAAUAAAGGCGUCCAGCCUCUGCUUGAUGCUGUUUUAGACUACUUGCCCAAUCCAGGAGAAGUUACAAAUUAUGCUUUUCUUGACCAAGGCAAAGAUGAGGAGCCCAAGGAAAUUGUUUUAAAUCCAGAACGUAGUGCUAAUCAUCCAUUUGUUGGAUUGGCCUUCAAACUAGAGGCUGGUAAGUUUGGACAGCUGACUUACUUCAGAUGUUAUCAAGGCAUGUUGAAAAAAGCAGAUAAUAUUUUUAACACUAGAACCAAUAAAAAGGUGAGAGUUGCAAGACUUGUUCGACUUCACUCAAAUACAAUGGAAGAUGUAAACGAAGUGUAUGCUGGAGACAUAUUUGCAUUGUUUGGUGUUGAUUGUGCAUCUGGAGAUACUUUUGUCACUAAAAACGACAUGGGUAUUUCUAUGGAGUCGAUAUACGUUCCAGAACCUGUUGUAUCUAUGUCUAUUACCCCAAAAAAUUCAAAGGAUCGUGACAAUUUUGCAAAAGCUAUUGGUCGGUUCACAAAAGAAGAUCCUACCUAUCGUUUUACGUAUGAUCCAGAAAGCAGAGAAAGCAUAGUUUCUGGUAUGGGUGAAUUACACUUAGAAAUUUAUGCUCAGCGCAUGGAGCGUGAAUAUAACUGUCCUGUUACGCUUGGUAAACCAAAAGUCGCAUUCAGAGAAACGUUGGUCGCACCUUGUGAAUUUGAUUACUUACAUAAGAAACAAUCUGGAGGUGCAGGCCAAUUUGGUCGUGUUAUUGGUAUCUUGGAGCCUCUACCACCACACAAAAAUACCAGUUUGGAAUUUUCUGACGAAACUGUUGGAACAAAUAUACCUAAGCCAUUCGUACCUGGUGUAGAACGAGGUUUCUUAACUAUGAGUGAAAAAGGUCUUUUAUCAGGCCAUAAAUUAGCUGGCUUGAAAUUCAGAUUACUUGAUGGUGCUCAUCAUAUUGUUGAUUCAUCUGAGCACUCAUUUUAUUUGGCUGCUUGUGGAGCUAUCAAGGACUGUUUCCAAAACGGCGUUUGGCAAGUUCUGGAACCUAUUAUGUUAGUUGAAAUCACAGGCCCUGAAGAAUUUCAGGGAACGGUGAUGGGACAAUUGACCCGAAGAAAAGGAAUCAUCAUGGGCAUGGAGAGUGCCGACCAGUGGUUCACCAUCUACGCCGAAGUACCAUUGAACGAUAUGUUUGGUUAUUCCAGUGAACUUCGAUCGUCGACCCAAGGAAAGGGAGAAUUCACGAUGGAGUACUCGAGGUACAGCCCGGCCACCCCUGAAGUACAAGAGCGUCUGAUCCAGGAAUACGAGCAAUCUCGGGGAAUAGAGCAGAAAGAAAAGAAAAAGAAUUAAUUUGAAGAAUGUUUUCAUGUGCUUUAUUGACGCUAAAGAAGAAAGUUCGUGAUCAUUCUGUGAUGCACGUCAUGAAAUCAUUGACAGUUUAUAAACAGGAAUCAUGUUUUUAAGGAUCAUUAACUAGGAAAAUUAUGUUGAAGAAUUGUAAAUAUCGUACUCAUAUAUAUUUGCUGUUAGAAUAAUAGUUUAGCUUUUAAUGGUAUUACUCUUGAAGAGUAAAUACAAAACCUGUAAAGUUAAAACUUAUCGAUUUCAUUAUCGAUAUGAGAUGUUGUUUUUUUUUAGACGAAACAAAGUCUCUAACAAUAAACUCUUAUUUACUCGUUUUUCAUAAAA